AUGUUUUUCUAUCGCCCGAAGGAGAGCAAAAUGAUUUAUUCGCAAGCAUUUCGGAACGAACAGUUUAGUCCAGCAGUAGCGCUAUUUCGUACCGCUGGCCUAAUACGAACAACGGCUGGUAUUGAUGCCGAACAAAGACGGAAAUCUACUAGUAGUGACAGGAAGAAAUUAAUACAAAGCGCUUCGACGAAACCCGAUCGUAAGCUUCUUUUUUUCUAA